AUUGGUACAUGCCUACGUCACCACCGUCAUGCUAUUUAAUAUCUCGUAACAUCGCUGCAAGCUUAAGUUAGUUUAGCGAGGUGAGAGGUCGUGAGAACUGGGCAAGUAAACGGAGCGAGUAAACGGAGUGGCUAUCAACAGCAUGCCUCCUUUCGACAAGACGCAACACCCCAAACCAUUCAAACAGCGGAAAAGCUUUGCCAUCAGAAAACAUGAAGUUGCGGGGAUUCGAACCAAAUUUCCAACCAAAGUUCCGGUCAUAAUUGAAAGGUAUCAGCGAGAGCAAUAUCUACCGACCUUAGACAAGACCAAGUUUUUGGUACCCCAGGAGCUCACAAUGACUCAAUUUGUCACAAUUUUAAGAAACCGCAUGACUCUAAUGCCAAGCCAAGCGUUUUACCUGCUUCUCCACAACAAAGGCAUCGCCAGCAUGUCUUUAACCAUGGCCCAAGUCUACAAAGAGUACCGGGACGAAGAUGGUUUUCUUUAUAUGACAUACGCCUCCCAAGAAAUGUUCGGACAAUGUUUGAACUUAACCCAGGGGUCUUUCAGUGCAGGAGGUGCUGGUGAUUUCUCCGGUACCAAAAGAUUUCUUUAUAAUUAAGCUCUCGUAUAGGUUUUAUCUAAUGUAUUAUUUGUCUACACUGUAUUGUCUUUUUAAUAAUAUAAACUAAUAAAUUAAUUGUUUUCCAAAAAAUGGUGUACAUAAUUUCAAGAAGUCACCAUUUAGGCCUGCAGUAAUUGACUUGACAACCAGCGUAAUUUCUGCUGGUUGGGUCUUGUGUUCUGCCUAUAGCCACUAGGUGGAGACUUUACGCUUCUCAGGAAAGUUGAGUAGUUCUGUGCAAGGCAAAUUUGUCUAUAUUUACACGGGCUGGCUGGUAAGAAGGGAUGGAAAUUGAUGAGACUUUAUUGAUGACCAUGCCAUAAUUUUUUUCUGCUUAUCGAUUCUUGAUACGCCAGCGCAGUGGUUUUAUUGGUCUGAACACCGUGUAGAAUGUCUGCCUAACAACAUUAGAUCGAAUGCUCCUUUUCUUAAAAGCUUUGGAAAGCAAACUUGAAGGAAAUGUAAAACUGACAAAAUAAACAAUUGUUUGUUUUAAAA